GGCGAUGCUCCCCCCCACCCUGCACCGCCCGCGGCUCCCUCGCUGCUGAUUCGCUUUGGACGGUUCGCCUGGCGCAGGAUCAUCCCGCGGAUAGCCCCCCUCAUCCCGGCGGCAGUGGCGAGCCUGGGCGAUGCGGCUCCAAGGCUGACCCUGCUGAGAGCCCCUGAGAUACUGAACUCUAUGAGCGGAGACCACUUGACUGCACUCAGCACCUUUCAGGACCAGGCCCUAGGAAAUGGUCAGAGGAGCAAAGGGAGCGUCGCCGAUUUGAAACAGAACCAAGGGUCCUGGGCACUAAAUGAGAAUAUGGCCAAUGGCAUUGAAGAUCUUAUCGGGAUCCCAUUCCCGAACCACAGCAGUGAGGUGUUGUGUGGCCUGAACGAGCAGCGGCAUGAUGGGCUCCUCUGCGAUGUCAUCCUCAUCGUGCAGGACCAGGAGUACCGCACCCACCGCUCCGUCCUGGCUGCCUGCAGCAAGUACUUCAAAAAACUCUUCACUACCGGCACUUUAACGGACCAGCCCUAUGUUUACGAGAUUGACUUUGUCAAGCCCGAAGCACUUUCUGCCAUCCUCGAGUUCGCCUACACCUCAACCCUCACCAUCACCACCUCGAACGUCAAGCACAUCCUCAGCGCUGCCAAGAUGCUGGAGAUCCAGAGCAUUAUCAACGUAUGCCUUGAAAUCAUGGAGCCCGACAGGGAGGCUGAAGAGGAAGACGACAAAGAGGACGACGACGAUGACGAAGAUGAAGACGAAGAUGAGGAGGAAGAGGAGGAGGAGGAGGAAGUGGAAGAUUUCGUCAAUCAGGAGAACCUAACCGAUGUACAAGAAGUAAGCUGCCACCAAAGCCCUUCUGAGUCUGACCUUACCGAAGAGGCAUAUCCAGAAGCACCUAAAGAUUUUCCAAAUCACUUCCCAGCCAGUAACUCCUCUGGACACCUGGGCAUGAUACGAGACUUCUCCAUCGAGUCCCUGUUAAGUGAAAACUUGUACCCUAAGGCAAACAUCCCGGAAAGAAGGCCGGCUCUCUCCCCCUUCGCCCCCACCUUCUUCCCCCAUCUGUGGAACGGAGACUUUAGCUCCUUCUCCCAGCUCGAGGAACCACAGGUAGACAACGGCCCCUUGGAUCUGGUGAUCAAAAAGAGGAAGAUCAAGGAAGAGGAGGAGAAGGAAGACCUGCCCCCGCCUCCUUUCCCUAAUGACUUCUUCAAGGACAUGUUUGCCAACACCCCAGCAGCUCCCCUAGGGCAUAUUAAGGCAGAGGCUGACUAUGGAGCUUAUCUGAAUUUCUUAAGCGCUACCCAGUUCGGAGGAGUUUUUCCUCCAUGGCCCCUGGAGGAAGAGAGGAAAAUAAAGCCCAAGGCGUCCCAGCAAUGCCCCAUCUGCAACAAAGUCAUCAUGGGAGCCGGCAAGCUGCCCAGACACAUGAGGACCCACACUGGGGAGAAACCCUAUAUGUGCAAUAUCUGUGAAGUUCGCUUUACCAGGCAGGACAAGCUCAAGAUCCACAUGCGCAAGCACACGGGGGAGCGGCCGUACCUGUGCAUCCACUGCAACGCCAAGUUCGUGCACAACUACGACCUGAAGAACCACAUGCGCAUCCACACGGGCAUCCGGCCCUACCAGUGCGAGUUCUGCUACAAGAGCUUCACCCGCUCCGACCACCUGCACCGCCACAUCAAGCGGCAGAGCUGCCGCAUCGCGAGGCCCCGGCGAGGCCGCAAGCCGGCGGCCUGGCGGGCGGCCGGCCUGCUCUUCGCGCCCGGCGGCCCGCCCGUGGAGAGCGGCUUCGUGGUGCCGCCCGCCCUGGAGGAGAUGGGCGGCCACCUCGGCAGCACGGCCAUGUGCCUUCCCGGCCCCAGCCCCAAGCACUUCCUGAGCGGGGCCAAGGCCCCCUUCAGCCUGCAGGAGCUGGAGAGCCAGUUUGAGGAGACGCAGAGGAAGCUCUUCAGGCGGACCCAGAUGGACAUGGAGAGGAACGCGGGGAUCUUCGCCUUCGCCCUGGGCCACAAUGAGAACCUCGCCGCCCAGCCCUUCUUCCCGCUCCCCGACCCUUGGAGCACGGGCUUCAGUGGCCUGGCGGGGCUGGGCCACGUGGCUCCCAUCUCGGAGGCGAGCAACUAAACCCCGCUCCCGGUCCCGCCGUGCACCCGCUCCCCUUCCCAGCGAGGCAGCCAGCUCCCUCGGGGCCCCCACCUGCCCUUUGGCAUCGCUGGGCUCCCAAGAAACUCUUUGCCCCCUUGCUGCCGUGGGGCUUGGGGCACAGGGUGGUCCCUGGCGCGGGCAGGGGGGUGGGAGGUGCUGUGUCCCCUGGCCACUGGCACUUUAGACUCUGGAUGCACUUGGCUUUGGGGCCAACAGGCACUUGCUGUCCCACCCAGCCACCCACCACUCAUGGCUCCAUCUGGGAAGGCCAGGCCAGGACUGCUGCUCUCUUCAACACUCCCGAAAAUGUCACUUGCCUUAGUCCAGGGCACAGCCAUCAGCGUGAGAUGGCUCUUCUGGGGUAAUUACUCCCCAUUUUCCACCCGCAGAGCCCACUGGACACCAACAAGCCGUCUAGACUUGGUUUUAUUAUGUUACAUUCCUUGGCCCUUUUGGUCAAAAGAACUUCUCUCUUUUGGAUUUUUUUUUUUUUUGUGUUCUUUUUUUGGUUUUGUUUUUGGUUGGUUGGUUGGUUUUGUUUGCUUUUUUUUGUUUGUUUUUUUUUUUUAAUUAAUUCCCAUGUCUGGCAACAAUAUUUAUCCUACAAAGGAUAAAGGGGAGGGUCAAGUCAAGCAGCCAUGUUGGGAGACGGAUAAUCCUGGCCUUUGCCUUUCUCAGCAGUAUAUCGGAUUUACAGGGCUGGUGAAAGCCCAGAUCCGCAGCAUGAGUUGGGACCCUAAAAACAUUAAAAAGAAAAAAAAAAAAAAAAAAGGAGAUAAAAAAUCACCCAGCUUUGCAGCUGGGUGUAAAAGGGGGAUUUACUUAUUUUGGUUCUUUAGCUAUUUCAAGAUUUCAAAAGGAGAACCAAAGCCUAUUUUGAGUAUUUUAACUUCAGUUGCUUGAAAAGGUGAAGGAAAAGUUUUGGAAGAAUCAGAAAUGUUUCAAUAUUGAGCUUUCACUAAACCCUUGCUUUGCGAAAAUGUACCACGUGGGAAUUUCGAAAUGAAAAAGUAGUUUCUAACCAAAGAGUCAGAAUUCGCCACCACUGACCAUUCUGAAAAGUCUGGGGUUCUGUCCUUAGUUCCCUCGAAUUCCUAUAUAUAUAUAUAUAUUUUGAUGAGAAAAAUUUGCAAAACGCUCGUGUGUCCCCGAACGUGCAACGCUGAUGGGAAAAAAAUGAGUGUGGAAAUAUCCCUGCUGCUUGUCUCAAGGGAUCUUUGUGGAAAAGAAAUUCACUAAAGGUGUCUUGGUGAUUUUACUGCCUACUUGCCAGCAAGCAGAAAUGCUAUUUCUUCACUCCUUGUUGGCUCAAAAGAUAAGAUGGUGACAUACUGAGGGUGCUCCAAGCUGAAGG